UAUUAUUUGAAUAACAAAUAAAUUUCCACGUCGGCUCUCCCGCUUCCAGAACUAUCACUCUUUCUCAGUUCUCCAUCCAGUUCCGCUCCAUUCCCGGAAUCGAGUGAAAAGAAAUCUGUUCGCAGUCACCAGGGGAUAAUUGAACGGAGAAAUCCGAAUUUUCCGGCGGAGAGAUGGAAUUGAUUUCACUUCACAAUGUGCGAGUCUCAUCGGCAAUCUCAAUCCCGCCGAUCACUCUGUCGAACCGCAACUUCUCGUUCCCGUUUUCGACUUGGGCAUGUCCUUCGCGUGGAAAUCGAAGGAAGCUCUGCGCGGUAGUUAUGGCCAAGAAAAGCAGAAAGCUGCCGACACAGCAGGAACCAGUCCCCAAGCCAACCAUAGCCGAAGAGGUGCCCUCAGCUGACAACGACGACGAGGAAGAAGAUCAGCUACUCUUCGAUGAGUAUGAGCUCGACGACGAGGCGUUGCUAGAGGACGUUGAGGAUGAAGGUGAUUUCGAAGAUGAGUAUGUAGAAGAAGAAGAAGCGCUACUCCAAGUUGGGGAUGGGGCUGGUGGGGGUGGAAUAGCCCUAGCUGGGACGUGGUGGGACAAGGAAGCAUUAGCAAUAGCUGAGCAGGUUUGUCUGUCGUUUGAAGGGGAAUUGGGGAUGUAUGCUUUCAGGACACUACCAAAUUCCACCAUCCAAGUCCGAAUCGAGAGGCUUACUAACAAGUCUGGUUCCCCCACAAUGGAAGAUGUUGAAGCGUUCUGUAAAACCUAUAGAGCACGACUAGAUGAAGCAGAACUUGCCAAGGCCAUACCAGAAAAUACUGCUCUUGAGGUAUCAUCUCCUGGUGUUGAAAGAGUGGUUCGGAUACCUGAAGACCUUGAUCGAUUCAAGGACCGAUCUUUGUAUGUAAAGUAUGUCAGUCAGGCAGUAGAAACUGAUAAUGCCUCAGAAAGCGAUGGCAUCUUCAAGCUUGUUUCAUUUGACGUGGAAAUGAAAAGUUGCACCUGGGGUGUCGCAGAUGCCGCUAUUUUGUUAGGCAGUUGCUGCUUCGGUGAUCAAUGA